GUACGAUGGUGGAUGCCCUGCGGCAGCUGGCCGUUCCUGCUGAGCUGUGCCGCAGCUUCCUGAGGCUGGCCGAGGCCAACACCAGCCGCGCUGUGGAAACCUGCGGCAUCCUGUGUGGAAAACUGACCAGAAAUGCGUUCACUGUGACCCACGUCAUCGUGCCGAAGCAGUGCGGCGGGCCGGACUACUGUGACACUGAGAACGAGGAGGAGCUGUUCCUGAUCCAGGACCAGCACGACCUCAUCACCCUGGGAUGGAUCCAUACUCACCCGACGCAGACCGCCUUCCUGUCCAGCGUCGACCUCCACACACACUGCUCCUACCAGAUCAUGCUCCCCGAGGCCAUCGCCAUCGUCUGCUCGCCUAAAUUCAACGAAAUCGGCUACUUCCGGCUAACCGAUCGAGGAACGGAUGAGAUCUCUUCGUGUAAACAGAAGGGCUUCCAUCCUCACAGCAAAGAUCCUCCUCUCUUCACACACGCCGGACAUGUGAACAUCACGGACGACGCUGUGAGCAUGAUGGACCUGCGGUGAUCUUCUGGUUCCACCCAAACACUUGAGGACUGUUUAACCGAACUGAACGUGUUUCACUGGAAGAAGCUGAAAACACUCGUUUUUUUUCCCCGGACGGUACUGAGAAAAGCGCCAGCCACGUUUACCGUUUAUUUAGACUUCUUUUCUUCUCAAGAGGAACUGUGUUGAACAUUCAUAUAUUAUUGCACUUUCCAAACAAGCAAACUACUAUCAGACUCAUGGACUUCUGAACCUCUUGUCUUUUCCAUGCUUCUGUUUUUUUGUCCUUAACUUGUUCUCUGUUCUGCUUUCUUCUUUCAACAUGUUUGUCAGUGACCGCUGACAGGUGAGAUUUUGAUUCUGCCUGACAGAUAAAGUGCCAAGGAUGUGAACAUUCA